UUGCUCCGUUCAAAGGCAAACCGUCAAGGCCCAAUCAGCAAACUCGGAGACGAUCUCCUCCUGGCGAUUCUGAUUCGCCUCCCGAACGCUAGAUCCGCCUUCCAGUGCAAAUCCGUCUGCAAGCGCUGGUGCUCACUCAUCUCCAGUCCCCACUUCGGCCGCAGUUUCGUUUCUCACCGUCAACAAAGCAGGAUCGACGGCGGCGGCGGCGGCGGCGAACUACUUCCUUUAACCUCACGCGACACUGAAUCCAUCUUGAGCUUUCUCCCCGUGCCUGAUGAGGUCCAAUCCGAUUUCGUACUUUUGGGUUGCUUCAAGGAUUUGGUUUUAUGCGGCUUCGUGGACUCUGCUGCUGGGAAUGAUUUUGAUGGCGAGAUGGGGAGAUUGUUCUUCGUCUGCAAUCCGUUUACAAAGCAAUGGGUAGCCGGCGCCCAAAAGGUCAAUGCGCUCGAUCCACAUGACAUUGUUCUUCCAUCUCUGGACAUCCCAUUCCAUGCAUGUUUUCCCUCAUCUGGGUACUAUACGCGUUAGAAGCUUAAAUAAAAUUUUUUGGUUCUGUGCAGAGCUAAAGCAAGAGUCUUUCCGUGCUCUCCAAGAAGUUUGGUGGUAUUGAGAUGAGGUGGGAGCAUACAUUUAGUGUUCAAAAUCUUAACCAUUGUUAGUGAUAACAGUUGCUUGGAGUACAAGUCAUGAUUCCUUUUUCCUUUGUCCCAAAUUAAAGAGUUC